CCACCCGAAUCACCACUCGCGAGUGCCUCUCCCCUCCUGCAAGCGCCCGAAAUGGCCAUCCUCCGACAUACCGUCGCCCCGCUGCGAGCGGUGCGAUGCGCACGCAAGCCUCUCGUCUCCGCGCGAAGCCUCUCCAUGACGACUCGACGACAAGGCGGCCACGGCAGCGAGUCACAAUUUGAGCCCCCUACCGGAUGGCUCUGGGGCGUCAAGCCCGGCGAGAAGCCCGAGCCCGAGGGCUGGGAGUGGCCCAUGUACCUGUUCGGCGCCGCCUUUUUGGUCACCGGUGUUGCUCUGGCAUUCAAGCCUGAUACUUCCGUCUCUACCUGGGCUCUUGAGGAGGCACGAAGAAGAUUAGAAGCCGAGGGUGUUCUUCCUGACCCUUCAGCAAACGAGAAGAAGAACUAAAUCGACGACAUGGGGAGCGAGACUGGGGUGUCAUGUUCACAAAGGGGAAGGUAGAGGAGGAGGAAAUCAAUCUCACAUGAGGAUUUGGGUUCAGCAGCGAGCGGUGGGGCAAACGUUGGGAGUGGCCAACAUGUACAUGUUUAAGGCAUUUUAUUUUCUUGGUUUUCUAUCGUUACAGAGAUAUAUGGUCCCUCAAUGGCAUGAAAUAUUAGACUGGGUUGUUGGACAAAGAAAAGAAAAAAAUGAUUCACGAUUUC